GGUCACUUCUUCUUCUGCAUUGUUUUGAUUUUGCAUUUUCGGUUGUUUAUUAGUAAAAAUGUCGGGUAAAAACAGGAAACGAACGGCCAGCAGCAGCAGCAGUGCCGAGGAGCCGGACAGCGAGGAGGAGUCGCGCCUGAAGGAUCUGCAGGAGCGCGAUGAGUUCGCCAACCGAUUAAAACAGCGGGAUGAGGAUCGCACGCGCAAGGUGGUGGACUCCACUGGCGGGCGCAAGGCCAUCGAGGAGGCCACCAAGCGCCUCAAGCUGGAGCACGAGGAUCGGGAUAAAAUUGUGCCCCAUUUGCGUCUCCAGUCGCGUCGCCAGUACCUGGAGAAGCGCAAGGACGACAAGGUGGCCGAGCUGGAGGCAGACAUCCUGGACGAUGAAUAUCUCUUUGAUGAGAGCGUCCUAACCAAACGGGAGAAGGAGGAGCGCCAGUACAAGAAGCAACUGUUGAACAUUGCCAAGGAGCACGAGAAGGCGCGGGAAUUGGAGCGCGUACAGCGGUAUCAUAUGCCACAUGAUUUGAAAAAGGGCGAGCAAUCUGAGUACGUUGAGGUGGAUGACUUCGAGAGGCAACCCAAUUCGGAGCAAAAGAAGUGGGAGGCCGAGCAGUUGGCUUCGGCGCGUUUUCAGUUCGGUGCCAAGGAUGCCAAGGCGCAGGAGGAGUACGAGCUGCUCCUAGAUGAUCAAAUUGACUUUAUUCAAGCAUUAACCCUAGACGGAAGUCGCGAAAAAUCCUCUAGCCGCCAGCCGGAACUUACUGAGAAGGAACGCAAACGUUUGACAUUGGAUGAAACCAAACGAUCCCUUCCCGUUUAUCCCUUUAAAGACGAUUUAAUAGCUGCUGUAAAGGAACAUCAAGUGCUUAUUAUCGAGGGUGAAACGGGCUCGGGCAAAACUACCCAGGUGCCGCAGUAUCUUGUCGAAGCUGGUUUUACCAAGGACAAGAAGAUGAUCGGAUGCACCCAACCACGUCGAGUGGCCGCCAUGUCCGUGGCGGCGCGUGUGGCCGAGGAAAUGGGCGUGAAGCUGGGCAACGAGGUGGGCUACAGCAUCCGUUUCGAGGACUGCACUUCGGAUCGCACCAUUCUCAAAUACAUGACGGAUGGCACACUGCAUCGAGAGUUCCUGUCGGAACCGGAUCUCGCCUCCUACAGUGUAAUGAUUAUCGAUGAGGCUCACGAGCGGACACUUCACACGGAUAUUUUGUUUGGCUUGGUCAAGGAUAUUGCUCGUUUUAGGCCUGAGCUGAAGCUCCUCAUCUCCAGUGCCACUCUGGAUGCGGAUAAGUUCUCCGCUUUCUUCGAUGAUGCCCCCAUCUUUCGGAUACCCGGUCGCCGCUAUCCAGUGGAUAUAUUUUACACCAAAGCCCCAGAAGCGGACUACAUCGAUGCUUGUUGCGUUUCAGUUCUGCAGAUCCAUGCCACCCAGCCUUUGGGCGAUAUUUUAGUGUUCCUUACGGGUCAGGAUGAGAUCGAAACCUGCCAGGAGGUUCUGCAGGAUCGAGUCAAGCGGUUGGGCUCCAAAAUCCGAGAGCUUAUCGUUAUACCCGUCUAUGCGAAUCUGCCGAGUGAUAUGCAGGCCAAAAUCUUUGAGCCCACUCCUCCGAAUGCCCGAAAAGUGAUUCUGGCCACCAAUAUAGCAGAAACCUCGCUGACCAUCGAUAAUAUCAUAUAUGUAAUUGAUCCAGGGUUUGCCAAGCAAAAUAAUUUCAAUUCCCGCACUGGCAUGGAGUCGCUGAUGGUGGUGCCCAUUUCGAAGGCUUCGGCAAAUCAGCGAGCGGGCAGAGCCGGACGCACUGCACCGGGAAAGUGCUUUCGACUGUACACGGCAUGGGCAUACAAGCACGAACUGGAGGAUAACACGGUUCCGGAGAUACAACGCAUCAAUUUGGGCAACGCGGUGCUUAUGCUUAAGGCUCUGGGUAUCAACGAUCUGAUACACUUUGACUUCUUGGAUCCACCGCCGCACGAGACGUUAGUGUUGGCCCUUGAACAGUUGUACGCCCUGGGCGCACUGAACCACCACGGGGAGCUGACCAAGCUGGGACGACGAAUGGCCGAGUUUCCAGUUGAUCCCAUGAUGGGAAAGAUGCUGCUUGCCAGCGAAAAAUACAAAUGUUCGGAGGAGAUGGUGACCAUUGCAGCCAUGCUGUCCGUGAACAGCGCCAUCUUCUACAGACCCAAGGACAAAAUUAUCCACGCUGACACGGCCCGAAAGAACUUCAAUCACAUGCACGGCGAUCAUUUGAGUCUGCUGCAGGUGUACAAUCAAUGGGCGGAGACGGAUUACAGCACCCAGUGGUGCUACGAGAACUUCAUCCAGUACAGGUCAAUGAAAAGGGCUCGCGAUGUGCGAGAGCAGCUGGUUGGACUCAUGCAGCGGGUUGAAAUCGAUAUGGUUAGCUGCCUGCCAGAGACUGUAAACGUUCGCAAGGCAGCCACCGCCGGAUACUUCUAUCAUGUGGCGCGUCUUUCCAAGGGCGGUCACUACAAGACCAUCAAGCACAACCAGACGGUGAUGAUACACCCGAACUCCUCGCUUUUUGAGGAGCUUCCGCGGUGGGUGCUCUACCACGAACUGGUCUUCACCUCCAAGGAGUACAUGCGACAGGUCAUCGAAAUCGAAAGUAAGUGGUUGCUGGAGGUGGCGCCGCACUAUUACAAGGCUAAGGAGCUGGAGGAUUCAACGAAUAAGAAGAUGCCAAAGGGCGCAGGGCGGGCUGAAAUGACGCAAUAAAUUGGGAUUGUCCAGGGGUGCCAAUUAAAAAGCA